AUGGGGGAUUCAAGCGGUUCUGUCUCCAUUGAUAUGGAGGCAAUGUCUCUUGGAGGACAGGAACACCUAGUGGAGACUACAUAUGGCCCGGUAUGUGUUGCCGUUUGUGGAGAUCCUGAUAAACCUGCUCUUAUCACAUAUCCUGAUGUCGCUCUUAAUUAUAUGUUUUCUUUUCAAGGAUUAUUGUUUUGUCCAGAAGCUAGUUCCUUGUUACUCCACAACUUUUGCAUAUACCACAUCAGUCCUAUUGGCCAUGAGUUGGGAGCUCCAGUGAUCGGUGUUAAUGCUCCUUUGCUCUCAGCUGAUGACUUAGCAGACCAAAUCGUCGAGAUUCUUAACUAUUUCGGACUUGGUGCAGUGAUGUGUAUGGGUGUCACAGCAGGAGCUUACAUUCUGACCUUAUUUGCUAUGAAGUACAGGCAGAGAGUUCUGGGAUUAAUACUCGUCUCUCCACUGUGCCAAGCCCCUUCUUGGUCUGAAUGGUUAUGCAAUAAGGUAAUGUCUAAUUUACUUUACUAUUAUGGCAUGUGCGGUGUUGUUAAAGAACUGUUACUAAAACGGUACUUCAGUAAGGAAGUUCGUGGUAGUGCUCAAGUUCCAGAAUCAGAUAUUGUUCAAGAAUGCAGAAGAUUACUUUGCGAGCGGCAGAGUACAAAUGUAUGGAGAUUCCUUGAAGCAAUCAACGGGAGAGUGGAUCUAAGCGAAGGGUUAAGGAAACUACAAUGCAGAACUUUAAUCUUCAUUGGCGAAAACUCUGCUUACCACUCAGAAGCCGUUCACAUGACUACAAAACUAGACAGACGGUACGGUGCAUUAGUCGAGGUACAAGGAAGUGGGUCAUUGGUGACAGAGGAACAGCCACAGGCAAUGGUAAUACCAAUGGAAUACUUUUUGAUGGGGUAUGGAUUGUAUCGUCCAACACAGAGCGUAAGCCCAAGAAGUCCAUUGAGCCCAACAAGAAUCUCUCCUGAGCUUCUGUCUCCGGAAAACAUGGGGUUGAAGCUCAAGCCUAUUAAGACAAGACUCGCUCUAUGA